AUGUCUCUUGCAGAUCUCCACGUCGGCGGACUGUAUGUCAUUCUCCAAGCCCAUCAUGAACCACCCGAGCCCAAUGAUUUCUACUGGGGUCUAUACCUCCACUCAGACCCCGUGGGAGGGAUGGCAUACCACGUCAUAGACACAGGAUCCGGCCUGAGACCGGAGCACGAGUAUACUGGUAGAAUAUUCGACACGCCGCGUCUGACGGGACUGUUCCGAAUCGCCGACAUCACUCGUCCCUUACAUCCAUUUGUCGACAGGGUAAUAAGGUCCUACGACAGCAGCCUCAACUGUCCCGGAAGAAGCAGCAACAGCAAGUUCUGGGUUUUGAAUGUUCUUGCGCUACUGAUCCAGCCUACGGCCGCCGGAUGGCUUCCAGUGAAUUGCCAUAACCUGCCGAUCUUGGAGCAGGAAAUUCGCGAUUGGGGGAAUCGCAUGUCCCAAGGGCGAUGUAUUUAUCAAAGACUAAAGCCAAUUGGAUCUUCGACGAUCUGCGGGUUGCCGGAAUGGAAGAUAUAG